AUGACUGCCCCCCAAGAGUUUGAUAUUCACGUUCCGACACAAUCAAUCAUUCAUUCACUCUCCAUGUCUCUCAAAACUCUCACUCUCUGGACCCUCCGGGGCCAUGCCGGCACGCCCAACCCCUGGAAGGUCCUCAUGAUCCUGGAAGAGCUCAAGGUUCCCUACGAGCCCAAGUUGGUCGAUCUUGGUGACCUAAAGAAGGAACCCUACGAGUCUAUCAAUCCUAACGGUCGUGUUCCAGCCCUCGAGGAUCCGAACACCGGCAUCACCAUCUGGGAGUCCGGCGCUAUCCUCGAGUACCUGGUUGACACAUACGACAAGCAACACACCAUCAGCUUCACCGCUGGCUCGAAGGAGUACUACGAAAGCAAGCAGUGGCUACACUACCAGAUGUCCGGCCAGGGACCGUACUUCGGGCAGGCCGCCUGGUUUACGAUCUAUCACCCCGAGAAGGUGCCCAGUGCGGUCGAGCGCUAUGUUAACGAAAUCCGUCGUGUUUCGGGCGUGCUCAACCGAUCACUCCAGAACAAGGAGUACCUCGUUGGCGGCAAGUACAGCUAUGUCGAUGCUGCUUUUGUGCCGUGGUUCGAGGUGGCUGCGCUCUUCUGGUCGAAUGAAAUGGAUCUCAAGAAGAACUUCCCGCAUGUUAAUUCCUGGUUGAACCAUAUCAAGGCUCGCCCGGCUAUUGCCAAGACCAUUGAUGAUAAAGCAAAGGCCGCGGCUGCUGAAGGGAAAUAA